GGAAGCGGGAGGCGAGAGUGGAACAGGAAAAGAAGGGAAGAAGGAAGAAGAGGGAAAGGAGGAAAGGGAGGAGGAGGAGGGUGGUGGCGGCGCCGUGGCGGAGGAGCAGGAGCAGGAGGGGGAUGGAGAGAAGGCUCCUGUGUGGCAUGGCGCUCCUGCUCCUCCAGGCGCUGCCCAGCCGCCUGUCAGCCAGGGCUGAGCCCCCGCAGGACAAGGAAACCUGUGUGGGUACCAACAAUCAGAGCUACAUCUGUGACACGGGACACUGCUGUGGACAGUCUCAGUGCUGCAACUACUACUAUGAGCUCUGGUGGUUCUGGCUAGUGUGGACCAUCAUCAUCAUCCUGAGCUGCUGCUGCGUCUGCCACCACCGCCGAGCCAAACACCGCCUUCAGGCCCAGCAGCGGCAACAUGAAAUCAACCUGAUCGCCUACCGGGAAGCCCACAAUUAUUCAGCGCUGCCAUUUUAUUUCAGGUUUUUGCCAAACUAUUUACUACCUCCUUAUGAGGAAGUGGUGAACCGACCUCCAACUCCUCCCCCACCAUACAGUGCCUUCCAGCUACAGCAGCAGCAGCUGCCUCCACAGUGUGGCCCUGCAGGCGGCAGCCCCCUGGGCGCCAAUCCCACCAGGGGCCCCCAGGGGACGCAGAGCAGCCCCUUGUCUGGGCCCAGCAGAAGCAGCACGAGACCCCCAAGCAUUGCCGACCCUGAGCCCUGCGACGUGCCAGCUGACAGAGCAGCCACCAAAGCCCCUGGAAUGGAGCCCAGCAGUUCCGUGGCCGGCCUGGGGGAACUGGACCCAGGCUCCUUCCUGGACAAGGAUUCAGAAUGUAAGGAGGAGCUGCUGAGAGAGUACAGCUCCGAGCAUGGCAGCGCCCUCCCCGACAACAAAGACAAGACACCCGGCAGACAUCGGCGCUUCACGGGUGACUCGGGUAUUGAAGUGUGUGUGUGCAACCGGGGCCAUGAUGACGACCUCAAAGAGUUCAACACGCUCAUUGAUGACGCUCUGGACGGGCCCCUGGACUUCUGCGACAGCUGCCACGUACGGCCCACAGGCGACGAGGAGGAAGGGCUCUACCGACCCUCCGAGGAGCAGGCCCGAGAGCCCAGCCACCCCCACCUGCCGCAGCCGCCCGCCUGCCUGCUGCUGAACACCAUCAAUGAGCAGGACUCCCCCAACUCCCAGAGCAGCAGCACCCCCAGCUAGAGCAGGCCCUGCUGCACCCGAGAACUUGGCAGAGCAACCAGGGGAGGGAAGAACCACAAGAGAAGCAUUAACGACUUUCAGAGAAAGUGGUACAGCCACUUUCUUCUUUUUUUCCUCCCCCGCCCCUGCAUUUUCCUGCAUCUCCAGGUACAGUUUGGGGUGUGGAUGCCUUUCCCCCACAAAAGCACAGUGUUGUGGAGGGCUGAGAAGUUGGUUCUGUGACUUGUUCCUCACACCCCACCCCCACUCCCUUUUUCCCCCCUUUUCAAGUCCUCCCUCACCAACCUGCUUGGGUCAGAGAAAUGUAUGUUUUAAAAGCCCCCAAGGAAGGGGGCUGGGACUGUGCCCUGGGAUGAUCCUUGGUGGUGGAGUGGAUUUAUUCUCUGGUUUUAGAGUGAGAAAACCUCUCCGUCCGGGAGAGGAGACAGGUCUCAGUCACCCACAGAGGCCCAGGGACGGUCACCCCUGGCUGCCAGUGUCUGCAGAGCUAGAACUGGAUUAAUCCUCUGGGAGGUUGAGAGCUGAUGGGCACUUGUGUCGUAGGUUUGUAGGGGGCUCAUUCAUCUGUCACAUGCCAGGUGACCAGGUUGAUGCACCACCAUGAGUCCUUGAGGGGCCCCCAAGCAGGCUUUGGCUGGCUGUGGACUGGUUCAGGCAUGAAGGGUUGUACUGCCUUCUCUUUGGUUUUUCUUUUAAAAGCAAACAACAAAAGCGAGCUAAAAAGAAGAACCUUCCUGAUGGACAGGCAAGAAUUCUAUUCUGGAAAAGAGAAGUUUGGACUCUUUCCCAAGUUGCCUUCAAAGAGCCUGGCUAGAGUUGAGCCAGAAGGAGAUGUUUUGUGUGAAGGCCUGGGUGGGGGUGAUCUCUGGAACUUCUGUGGGUGAGCAGGAGGCUUCAAGCCGUGACAGUGGAUAGAGGUGUGGCUUCUGCAUCUCUGCCCCUUUGUCUGUGGCCACAGGUGACCAGCACUGUCCCCCAUCCCAAGCACGCAGGCCUUCAUGUCUCACUGUUGUUUGUGAACAAAUGGACUGAGGAGGCUGUGGGCAGCCCCAUAGUCUGGCUCUCACACAGUAUUUUCUCUUUGAUUUUGAAUUUUGGGGUUUUUUUGUUUUUGUUUUUUCUUCUUUUUUUAAAACUGACCACUUGAAAGAAAUACCUUGGUUAUCUGUGGUUGUUAUGCCCCUCCACCACCCCCCUUUUUUUGAAUGGGAUGACUGAUUUGUCUGUCGCCUAUGUAGAGAGUCUAAGUGGCCCAUGUAGGAGGGUGAAGGCAGCCGUCCUGAAGGACUGCAGGAUCCUUAUUACUGUAGUUUGGGCCUCAGAUCACCAGUUGAGCUUUGAUAGGAAUAAUCUGAAUGAAGAGUGCAAACAGCCAAAACUAACAUUCCCCUUCCAGUGCUGUUGAUACGAAGAGUUUGGUUCUUCCCCAACUCUUGAAUGAUGAUAUUCUGACUAGGCAUUGAUGUUAUGGUAAGAAAGGAAAAAAAUAUAUAAAUAUAUAUAAAUAGACAAAUCCAAGGCUGUGAGGCAAACAAGUGUCUGCGUUUGGAUUCCACAAAACCAAAAUCCACAUUGAACAAAGUGAAGUCCAAAUACAGUGACUUUUUGGAUAACCUGUGUGUGUCUGUCCAUUGUGUGUGAGCCCCAAGCCCUGUUUUCCUGUGAAUAUACUUUGAAGCAGCCAUUCUGCUCGUGUUAACCACAACGCUUGGAGCAAAUAUGGCCCUCUCAAGGUAAUUUAUUUUACGCAUUUACUGUUUACUGAGCAAAUGUCUGACUGUGUACUCGGGUGUAUUCAGUGGCAUCGUCAAUGGCAGUUCCCUGUGUUUGCCAGAGAUACUGUGCUCUAAGUAGAGGUUUUACUCUACCCAUCACUGCAAUUUGCACAUUGCUCCGUGGAUGCUCGGAGGCCUGUGUUUUGUCCCCUGCAAGUGGAAACAUGUUCUGAACAUGUCUGCCUCCCUCGGCUGCUCCUGGCCCUCAGUACCAGCCCCCUGGCUGGUGUCCACAACCACUUGGGACAGAAGGUGAAGGUGGAAUUUAAGACAGAAGCUUGGUUGGAUCUUCAGUGACAAGCUUGGACUAGCUGCUGCCCAGACGUCAGCCCUGCCCAGAAUUGCCAGGAGGGUUUGGCAGAUGCCACAGCGCCACAGGGCAUACCUCCCUCUGCUGAGGUCCAACGUGCAAGCCGCUAUGUGGCCAGAGUGCAUCAGCAGCCCUCAGAUGCCUUUCCUUCCACCUUUGUGUUUUUUAAAUCCCAAACAACUCACUGAAGUGUCUCAAAGGAGCACAAGUUUUACCAAAACAAAUCCUUCUUCAGUUAACUGAUCAAAUGGAUGAUUUCUGGCCCUCUCAAACUUUCCUCCCCCAGUUUGAAUGGGGGACUGGCCUGAGUGCUAACUGUUGGGUUCGCUGCAGCAUCCUACCCUAAAGGCAUGAGAAGAAGAAAAUGCAACUGGUAGAACUGGGCUUGGUUCCAGCGGUCACAGUCUGGCCCCUGCCACGGAGGCUACCCUGCUUGGAGAGAGAUGAACUAGAGAGUCAACAGAAUAGUUAGGGGGCCAGGGAGAUUUGACUGCAGCUGGUUUUCCAGGUGGAUGAGAAGGAAGGGGUUGGUCGAGGGUUUGGUGCUACAGUUGGAAGAUUUGCAAAUGCUAACACAUUCCUGUGUGAGGCACAUCCCCGUUUGUCAGUUAUUGUGAAUAUGUGUAUUUUAAGCAAUAAGAUUCAGCUGGUCAGACUUUUCUGGGCAGUCUCAGUGCCGCAUUUCCUGUUCUGUGAUUGUUCUGAAGACAGAGUGGCUCUAACCACUGUGAGAAGCCCAAAUAAAAAUUGAUCCCAAAAAUGCUACUGCUCUUUUUUUCUUGCAGUACUUUAUUCCUUUUCUCCUCUUUCUCAGACUUCAGGGAGUUGCACCUCUGGGUCCCAAACCACAAGUGCUUUUCCUUCUCCACAGAGACAGAGAAGUCACAUAGCAGUUGAGAACAGGAUCUUCAGCCAAACAGGCACCACAAGGCGAGGGCAGGCUGGGCAGUACUGCUGCUGAGUCCUCACUUUGUCCUGAGAGAUUUUUCCCCCAAACCCUCUCUCUUGUCAAGGAUGUAAUCCGAUGUUUGUAAUACUUUGUGAAUUCCCAGAAAUAGGUUAAAAUCAGACCCCCUAAAAGCAGAUACUCUGUCAGAUAUCCUGUAGCUAAAACAUGACACUUAUUUAAAGGAAGCAAGCACUCCUGAGAGGUAUUUUGUUGAUCAGGUGGAAGUGUGGGUGAGUGCUUAGCCUUGGAAUUUAGUACACAAACUAGGUAUUGUGUCCCCACUUUGUGCUCAGCACUGUGCUGGAUGAUAGAGUAAAGCAAAAGAAACAUACAAGACAAGGUCCCUGCCCUCCAGAAGAUAUAGUUAGGAAGACAUAGCCUACUUGGGGGAAGAUAGUAAUUAACAGUAUAAAGUGGGUUGAGAUGAAGUGAGUGAGUGGUGCAGAUCUGGAGAAUGUUGAAGUUUGAGGUCUUGAUUCUUAGGCAGUGGGGGAGCCACUGGUCUGCCAGUGUCUGGCAUCAUGGGCCAGUGGUUCUUUCCGAAGGCCAUGGGUGUUCCUUCGCUCAUUUACUCUCUGCUUAAGACCAUCCUCCUAGAACUAAGAGUGCUUCCUGAGUCAGGUGUAAGUCCCUUUUUGAAGACCAUGGGAUGGAACAGCCUGCUGCCCCUCCCCAACAAGACUUCUCUUUGGGACAUCUGCAGGUGGGCAAAGCAAGAUGGUGGGCAUCCUGCUAACUCCUCUCAUCCCAAAAGGGGUUCCUGCCUCCCCAAAGGGAGCCCCCACUGGUGGACUGGGCUGGGGCAUGCUGGCAUUAUUUCUGAGAGUCCAUUGUAAGCCAGGCUUACCCUCCCCACCCCGCACAUCUUUGCCCUUGGAACAAAGGACACUGUCCCUGCCCUUAAAUGACUCUAGUGGGAUGGUAGCUGCCUAGUUCCUUCUAAACUGGUAGGCUUUCCCAGGCUACCCCAGUGGAGCCAUAUUAGCCUCUAGGGACAGGAACCACAGUAAAGAACUGGGGAAUACAUUCCUGCCUCCUCUUUUACACUAGUGUCUGAGGGAUACAAAAACAAAAUGGUGCAGCUCCUAUGGGCUGGUCACCAGAAGACUGCAUGUACCUUGAUACCUAGGUUUAUAGGCCCCCCUUCAUUGUAUCCCUGACUUCUGGGUCACUGGGUUCCUGAUUUCUCUAAUGAGGUAUGCCAUUGGCUGUCUCCGUUGCCCCAGGUGACCACAUUCUGAUUGAAAUAGUACCAAUGUCCUGAAGCACAAAUUUUCGAGAAA